UAGCAUGGCCAUUUCCUAGCAGCAAAAAUAUCUCUGACUUGCAAAACCUGUCUGGCUGUCUGUUUUGGUCCACCCUGACACACGUGACUCUACGUCAGCUUUAUUACUGGGAACAGUUAUAAAAAGGUGAAGCAGGUUUUUUGUUUUGCUAAUAGUUUCUCUUCGAUGUCUGAAUGACCUCGAACUGGUAACACUAAGAGAUGAAGCUCCCUGCCAUUAUCGCACUGCUUCUCAACAUCGUCUGUGCCUCUUCACAAAUUCUCCAUGAAUUGGUUCCUUUUAUGGGCUGUACUUUGAAUGACACUGAGGCGCAAAUCACAGUUGAUGGUGAAGAAAUUGUUUAUGCUGAUUUUCAAAGAAAAGAACUUGUAUUCACAGUGCCAACAUUUAUGGUUGAUGAUCCAGCUGCCCUUAUUGAGAGUGCUAGACUAUUGCAUAAUACUUUGAGAAACAAAAACCUAUGUGCUGCUGCAGUGGCAUAUUUGAUGCAGGAAUUACAUAAUCCACCAGAAGAAGAAGAUCCACCGAACACUGCCAUCUACCCCUCAGACGAAGUUGAGCUGGGAGUAGAAAACAGUCUCAUCUGCUUUGUGAAUUACUUCUACCCACCUUCCAUCAAAGUCAACUGGACCAAAAAUGGCAAGCGCGUGUCAGACGAGGCGUCUCUCAGUCGUUACUAUCCUAAUGAUGACGGGACUUUCCACCAGUUCUCAAUCCUGCCUUUCACCCCAAGUGAGGGCGACAUCUACAGCUGCAUGGUGGAGCACUCGGCCCUGGAGGAGCCCGAAAUUAAGUUUUGGGAGCCUGAGUUGAACAGUCCCAGUCUUGGACCUGACAUCUUUUGCGGAGUUGGCCUGACUGUUGGGAUGUUAGGGGUUGCAGCAGGAACAUUUUUAAUUGUCAAAGGUCACCAUAGACACUAAUUCCUUGGUGGUAAGGAGAUUCCUUUCACACAUGGCACCAUGAUAACCUGCAUUUGGAAGAAUGCUGAUAAAGUUUUAGUGGUGUUAGUCCAGACGUAAUGACAUUACAAGACGAGAACAUAUCAUAGAACAUGACAUGUAUUUUAUUAACUCAUGGAACUCAAUGUUUUGUUUUGUUUUGUUUUGUUUUGUUUUGUUUUGUUUUACACUUCUUUUCUUAUACUUUUAUGUAUAGCCUAAUUACUGUACUUUCUCCAGAACCUAGUUGGGGGGGACAUUUUUCAAACUACAAGCAGUCUUGGUCUCAUUGCAACUUCAAAAAUAGCAAAGCACCUCAGAUGAUGAUAUUACCUUCGUCACCUUGGUUGUGAUAUAUGUGGUAUAUGCUAUGCAUGUGUUACAGAUGUGAUAUACUAAUUACAUUCAAAUAAAAGCAAACAAGUGACACCACUGACUAUUCAAACACAAAUACUAUAGACUGGCUCAUCACAAACCCACACAAGCACAUUUGUCAAAACAUCCAGAUACAAUGUCAUACUGAAAUAUCUCUGUCAGUUGAUGUUAAUGACUGUUCUUGUUAUAAAAACUUGGAUGUCUUGAUAAUUGCUGCAGAAAUAAAGCAAGAUGUAAA